CCCAAGUUUUUCAGAUAUUGUAGAAAUGAUUUUCAGGUACUGAACACAACCAAGCUGAUAGUACUGCAUGCCGACAACCUUAUCAUGACCACAUUCAGUAUGAGUGUCAACGCAAGACGGAUGGAAGCUGAAUUCUUCUUCUGUCCGGCAUCGUCUCAAUGGGCAUUUAUGAUGGACGAAGAGGUGCACGCUGGUGAUUUCAUCGACUUGGGCAUUGAAUUUCAGGGAGAAGUGCUGCCAGAUCUACAAGGACUCUACAUAUCAACACAUACUGAUUCACGGGGGAGAAAGACGAAGUCAGCUGUGACGCAGUUUGAACCAUCGUAUGCACGAAAAAUGUUCCCUUGCUUCGAUGAGCCCAAUUUCAAAGCUACCUUUGAGGUGUCUGUUAUCCGAGAACCGCAUCAUGUCGUUCGUUCCAAUAUGAAGAUGAAAUUGUCCGAGGAACAUGUAGACGGCCUUUACAUUGAUGUAUUCCAUCGAACCGUCAAGAUGAGCACAUAUCUACUGGCGGUAGCGAUUCUCGAUAACUACGACUAUGUGAAGAGAACAACGAAGAGUACAAAGGCGCCUAUUGAGGUUCGAUUAUAUGCUCCAAAGGAUGUGAUUAAAGGCCAAGCGGAAUUCGGUCUCGACACUGCCAUACGCUCAUUAGAAUUCUUUGAAAAUUACUUUGAUAUACCGUAUCCGUUAGAUAAAAUUGAUCUCUUGGCUCUUGACGACUUCAGUGAAGGUGCGAUGGAAAAUUGGGGAUUGAUAACAUUCCGUGAUUCAACGCUUCUACAUGCUGAAGGUAUUGCUAGUGCACUGGCAAAAGAGCAAAUCGCACUCGUCAUUUGUCAUGAAAUCGCUCAUCAGUGGUUUGGCAAUCUUGUGACAAUGAAUUGGUGGAACGAUUUAUGGUUGAAUGAAGGCUUUGCAAACUACAUGGAAUAUCGAUGUGUGGACAAAUUGUUCCCCGAUUGGAACAUCAUGACUCGAUUCUAUGUGGAAAACGUAGCCUUCAGUCAAGAACCAGAUGGUCUACGUAGCUCUCGAGCUGUUUCCACUCAUACCUCGAAUGAAACGAAUAUUAUGGGACUAUUCGAUGCCAUCAGUUAUCACAAGGCUGCUGCCAUCAUCCGAAUGUUACAAUCGCUAUCUGGUGAGCGGAAUUUCCAACGAUCUCUUAUACAGUAUCUCAAUAAGUAUGCGUAUGGUAAUGCUAAAGGCUCACAAUUGUGGAAAAUCGUCGAGAAGCACGCUGUUCUCCCUCAUGGAGUUUCUAUCGCCAGUUUGGCAACGGCAUACAUAACUCAAGUGGGAUGCCCAAUGAUAUAUGUGACCCUUUCCAACAACGAAAUUAUCAUUCAUAAUCAGGUAAUUCCUUUUUUUUUGAGAAAAUGUGCCAAUCAGAAGAGCCAGCCAAUAAAGAACGAUUGUAUCGGACUCCCUGCGAAUUACGUCGCCUGGCCUUUGGUCGAACACUCCAAAUGGGUAAUUGCAAAUACUGGUGGAUUCAGUUAUGUGAAAGUGCUCUAUGAUAAAAAGAACUAUGCGGCACUUGCAAAACAACUGCGCACCAAUCACAGGGCUAUAUCGUCGAUUGAUCGCUCGAUGAUCCUCAACGAUGCAUUUGAUUUCGCCAAAACAUCAAAAUUGGAUAUCGGAGUCUAUCUGGAUCUACUGCUCUAUGCAGAAGAGGAAAUGGACCGUCUUCCAUGGACACUGAUCAGCAAACAAGUACAGUAUAUUGAAGAUCUCAUUGAGGAUACAUCUUUUGGUCACAUUUUCAAGGUUGAAAUACUGGAGAUGGCAUGCCGACUACGGCAUAGAGACUGUAUCAAACAGGCGCACAAUCGAUAUAACGACUGGAUAACGAAAAAGAAACGGCCAUCUCCUGAAUUGCUUGGUGUCGUAUUAGACGAAGGCGUUCGACAAGGUGGUGUAGCAGCAUGGGAACGAGCCUAUGCGGCUUACUUGGAAGCAAAGAGCCCCUCUGAAAAGUAUCAACUCAUAGGAGCAAUGGCCUCCACAACACAUCCUUCACUCAUUUCACGGUUACUUCGACUAAGCAUUGAAGGGUCAUCAUUUCGACCGAACGUUAUUCCUCGUAUGCUUUCUGAUCUGACGAAAAAUGAGGCAGCACGAGCGCUUACAUGGCGCUUCUUCCGAGUCAACUACAAAGAAUUCGUGAGAAUGUUGGUGAAGAGGCUACCUGAAUGUGUUCUUUUUAUUGACAGUAAAAGGGAUAAGAAGCCACAUUUCUUGAAAAAAUCGUUUUUGGAGGACAACAAAGCACGCCUGAAUCAGUUGUUCGAGCAGAUUGAGCUGAAUAUCCAAUGGAGGCGGUUAAAUGAACGACCACUUCGUAAAUGGUUGGAAAAUUGGGAUGAAGAACGGCGAGUGAUCCAACGCCGGCGAAGGCAUCACAAACAUCGCCAUCACUAA